AUGGGAAUAAUUCUCUUAGGAAGCUAUAUAUCUAAUGGUGCAGAGUCGAUAGAUAUAAACGAAUGUGAUGCCUUUAAAAAAAAUCGUACUAUUGGAGAGCGAUGUGUACAUGGUUCCUGUUAUAACAGUGUAGGAUCUUGGAAUUGUAGUUGCCCAGCUGGCAGACAAUGGCAAGACGUUGGAAAUGCAACAUUUCCAGUUUACCGAUGCCAAGGAAAUUUUAGUUAUAUUGGAAACCUAAGUAUACUCUGGAGAGGGCAGUCAAGUAGAGAAACAAUUGUUAAUUCCAUCCAAAAUCAGUUGAAGAUAAUCUACACAAACGAUACACUCGAAGAUACAACUUACCGUUUGCCUAUGAGCAGUCUGUUUGUCUCUGCAACUGUGCUGAGUCUGGAAGAAGACAGAAGUGUUUCCCCGAUGCAUCUGUACACCGUUAUGUAUAACUUGCGCAUGGGCGAGCAUGUUGGACGUGACAGAGUAUCAAAUGUAUUGAAAACGAUGUUUAAUGGUGGAAGCUUGUUAAUUCGAUAUACACAGAACAUAGACAUGACUUUUAGGAAUACUUCAUACUACAUAUUCAGAGCUGUACAACUUGACAGUGUUACAACAGUAGAAAACUGUUCAGAUAUGAAUGAAAAAAUUUUACACGAUUUAGAAGAUACGAAGUAG